CAAACUUUCAUUUGUAUUAUUCAAGAAAAAUUAAAUUUAAAAAAUAAUAUGUUCUAAAAAGUCAGUACGGUGAAAGCUGGAGGCUGCUGCACUAAAACGACGCCUGUCACAACGACGCCUGUCAAAACGCUUUUAGGCUUGGAGCAGCACGGUGGACCAUGUUCUGCGAUGCCUUUUCGGGUGGCGCAUUAGACUGAUGGCAAGGAUGCUCGUUGUAAAUCACACUUGAGAACCUUGUGAGAAGUUUCGACUCUGCGUGGGAUCCGAGCCAUUGUCCACCAUGGAUCCCGAACUGUUUCUGGAUUUUGCCAAUACUGUCAAAGGGAUUCAUAUGUUUCCCUAUUUCGAUAUCGCACAUUAUGCCUUAUCUUGUAUUCACGUGCGCGAUGAUAUGACAAGCAGCGUUCAGUUGAUAUCGCGGAAACAUCCGCUGGCUUGUUGGAUUUCAUCCAUGGUAUCCUGUUUCGCCGGCUAUAUUAUCGCCAAUUUCCUCUUGGGUGAAAUGGUUCUUGCACCGUUCAAAAAUCUCGACAACGUCGGUCUGGCCACCUUAGUAUGGUAUCUGAUUUUUUAUUCCCCGUUCGAUGUGGUGUACAAGAUGUGCAAGAUGUUGCCGGUGAAGGCCACGUUGUCGGUAAUGAAGGAGAUCCAGAGGGUGCACAAGGUCUAUCACGGCGUGGAGCACGCAGCCCUUCUCUAUCCACAUGCAUACUUGGUGCAAGUUAUUAUCGGAACUGUCAAAGGCGCUGGUGCCGGAUUCACCAAGAUUUUUGAGCGUUUCAUCCGGGGCACAUGGACUCCCACCGGGCAUGAAUUUCUGCAGCCUACUUUCCCGACCAAGGCCUGUUUGGCGGCGUCCGUGUUGUUUGUUGUGGAAGCGGAAACCGAAUGGAUAACGGCACCGCAUUCGAUGGUCUACUUGGGUGUUGUUAUAUUUUUCGUCUACUUCAAGUUGUCCGGCUUGGUGCUCCAUAUGAAUGAUCCGUUCCAGCCCAUCGAAAAUUUAUUUUGUGCGGUUUUCAUGGGCGGAGUAUGGGAUGCCCUCAGUCGCGCUGUCCAGGUUAGUCGGGAAAAAGCCGCCGAGAAGGCCGCCAACGGCGAAGUGGAUAAAAAGAACAAAUAAACGUGUACACCACAAAUGGGUAGCCUCAACUUACCUGUGCAAGUCAGUGUAUUCAUAUGUUUUGAAUCCUUGACCUUUGGCUUCCAUUGUCAUUAUUCUCAACAUAUGUGCCGGUUACCUCUACUUUCAAUGGCUUUCCUCUGUCUUUGGACCUCCCGUGCCUUGUGUCUAGUCCUCCAAAUUUUAAUGCGAAACAGUUGGGUUUAAAUUACAAUUAAGUAUUGUCAAUCUAGCGCUGAUCGUUAUGACAGGUAAUCUGACUUAUGACUUGGUAAUCUCAACGAUGCCUUUUCAGUGUCUAGUCUUAGAAAUAUUUGAUAGGUGUGCCUUGUACUCAGCCACUUUUUGGCAAUUCUCAUUAAAAGUGCCUUUAAGCAUUUG